AUGAGCCCGACCAACACUAUCACCCAGCUGGGAGAGGCUUUAAACGACUACACGAUCCAUUUAACAGGCCACGAUGCUACGAACCAUCAAAUGAUAGAAGAAGAUACUUUAGCCUCUAACCAACGAAAUUGGCCCACAGACUACCACCGUGUUCCUCCACACAGGCCGAUAAAUAGAGACUUGGACCCUGAAGAGAGACCGAGAGGAAGUAACACGGCGGAGUUCAUCUUCAUCAGCAUUAUGUUUACUGGUGUCUUCACAAGCGCUCACAGCUUUGGGGCAGGACUGGAGGACCGUUUUGUCCCAAUUUAUUCAAUUAUGCAAUUGGAGGGGAAUGGUAGACAUAGCGAGUUGGGAAAAGGGAGAAAAGGAAGACGAGAUUUAGCAUAUGGAACAGAUCUAGGGUUACAAACUUGGGAUUUGAUGCACUGA